AUGAUCAAAUAUCAUUCCCUCUCCUUCCUGUGCUGUUCAGUUCUAUUCAUCUUUGUCCUUGCUCAUCCUUCAUUUGCUUCUAAAAACAAUGUAACAAAACUGGUGCAUGAAGUGUGUUCCAAAACUUCAAACUACUCAUUCUGCAUUGAGUCUCUCUAUUCUGACCCACAUACCCCAGAAUCAGACCAAUAUGGGCUAGCUUAUGUUGCCUUUCGCUUGGCAUACCUCAAUGCCACUGGCACCAGUGACUAUAUAAAAAAACUGCUAAAGAAAGCCAAUUCAAGCAGCUACCGCAUGCAUCUUCAAAGGUGUGACCGUGAUUAUAAAAAGGCUGUAUCGGCAAUUGAAACAGCUUACAAUGACUUGAACUCUGAGACCUUCUUUGAGUUGGCUGAUUUGGCUGGUGUUGCUUCUCAUGGUGCUGAGGAUUGUCAAGCUACUUUCCUAGGAAGCCUUCAUUCCCCACUUGACUUCAUGAAUAAUGCUUUAAAGGGUCUUUGUGAAAUUUGUGUAGUUAUUUCUAAAUUGUUCACAGGCUCAUAA